GUAGCUAGGAGGAGUUAGCUGGAGUCAUGAGAUUUACAGGUAGAGGAGGAACAGAAGAACGAGGAAACGAAGAGUUCAGACUCCAUUUUACAGCCGACAGAGGACAACAAGACUGACUGAAGUCCACAAGAUGAGGGACUGUGAGGAGGAGGAGUUUCCAUCCUCCAGCCGUCUGUCUAUGAAGAGUGACCGGUCCAGAGAUUCUCCUCUAAACUUCAGAAAAGAAGCUGAACCCUCAGACACAAAAGUGGUGAAGAGGAGGGGAGUUUGUGUGGAGGAGCAGCCGUUCUGCUGUGCUCGGUGUCAGGACGUCCUGAAGGAUCCAGUCUCUAGCAGCUGUGGACACUGGUUCUGCAGACAGUGCAUCAGCUCAUACUGGGACCAGUCUGCUCCAUCAGGACACUCCUCCUGUCCCCACUGUGGAGAAAGAUUCAGAAGCAGCAGCUGUGGACAAAGUGUUGGUCUGCAGGAGGUUCUGCAGGAACAUAAGAUGAGUCUGAGGAGGAGAUGUGAACAUGUGACUGAAGGAAGUGAUGAAGCAGGAGGUGGAACCCUCCUCAACAGGAUCUACACUGAGCUCUACAUCACAGAGGGACACAGUGGAGAGGCUGAUGUCCAACAUGAGGUGGAGCAGCUGGAGACAGCUUCCAAGAAGAGCCUCCAUGACACUCCCAUCAGGUGCCAGGACAUCUUUAAAGCCUUACCUGAGCAGCAGAGAGCCAUCAGAGUGGUCCUGACCAACGGCGUGGCUGGCGUGGGAAAAACCUUCUCAGUGCUGAAGUUCACUCUGGACUGGGCAGAGGGCGGAGAAAACCAAGACGUCAGUGUGGUGGUGGUGCUUCCGUUCAGGGAGCUGAACUUGAUCAGAGAUGAGCAGCACAGUCUUCUCACGCUGCUCCAUGUUUUCCAUCCAACAUUACAGAAGGUGACGGCAGAGCAGCUGGCUGUCUGUAAACUUUUGUUCAUCUUUGACGGUCUGGAUGAAAGCAGACUUUCACUGGAUUUCACCAACAGGAAGGUUGUGUCUGACGUCAGCCAGAAGUCAUCGCUGGACGUUCUGCUGGUCAACCUCAUGGAGGGGAAUCUGCUUCCCUCGGCUCUGGUCUGGAUCACUUCCCGCCCUGCGGCAGCCAAUCAGAUCCCUCCUAAAUAUGUGGACAGGUUAACAGAAGUACGAGGCUUCACCGACGUCCAGAAGGAGGAGUACUUCAGGAGGAGGAUCAGUGAUGAAGAGCACUCCAGAACAAUCAUCUCCCACAUGAAGACAUCCAGGAGCCUCCACAUCAUGUGUCGACUCCCAGUGUUCUGCUGGAUCACUGCUGCAGUUCUGGAGAACAUGUUGACCACAGAGCAGAGAGGAGAGCUGCCCCAAACCAUGACUGACAUGUUCUCACACUUCCUGCUGGUUCAGACACAGAGGAAGAAGAAGAAGUACCAUGAGGGACCUGAGACGAGUCCACAGGAGCUGAUGGAGGCUGACAGGGAAGUUCUUCUGAAGCUGGGGAGGCUGGCCUUUGAACAUCUGGAGAAAGGAAACAUCAUGUUCUACCAAGAAGACCUGGAGCAGUGUGGUCUGGAUGUGACAGAGGCCUCGGUGUUGUCAGGAGUUUGUACCCAGAUCUUCAGGAGAGAGUGUGAGAUGUUCCAGAAACCAGUCUACUGUUUUGUUCAUCUGAGCGUUCAGGAGUUUCUGGCUGCAGUCUACAUGUUCCACUGUCUCACCAACAACAACGAGAAGGUGCUGAAGAAGUUCCUGGGAAAAAAAUAUCUGACCUCAUCCCUGGAUGUUUUCCUGGACAGUGUCAUGGAGAAAUCCCUCAGAAGUAGAAAUGGUCACCUGGACCUGUUUGUUCGCUUCCUUCAUGGCCUCUGUCUGGAGUCCAACCAGAGAGUCUUAGGAGGUCUGCUGGGUCGGAUAAAGAACCAUCCAGAAACCAUCCAGAGAGUCAUCAACAAUCUGAAGAAGAAGAAAACAAAAACCUCUCCAGACAGGAGCAUCAACAUGUUCCACUGUCUGAUGGAGAUGAAGGAUCUCACAGUCCAUCAGGAGAUCCAAGAGUUCCUGCAGUCAAAGAACAGAUCAAAGAAGGAACUCUCUGUGAUCCACUGCUCAGCUCUGGCCUACAUGCUGCAGAUGUCAGAGGAGGUUCUGGAUGAGUUGGACCUGAGCAAGUACAAGACAUCAUCAGAGGAGGGAAAACAGAGACUGAUUCCAGCUGUGAGGAACUGCAGAAAGGCUCGACUUUCUAACUGUGGACUCUCAGAGAGUGAAUGUGAAGUCGUGGUCUCAGCUCUGAAGUCCAACCCCUCCCAUCUGAUUGAACUGGACCUGAGCUACAAUGACCUGAAGGAUUCAGGAGGAGUGAAGCAUCUUUGUGAUGGACUGCAGAGUCCAAACUGUAAACUGGAGACUCUCAGAUUGAUGGAAUGCUGGUUGUCAGAGAUCAGCUGUGAUUCUCUGGUCUCAGCUCUGAAGUCCAACCCCUCACAUCUGGAACAUCUGGACCUGAGCAGGAACUGGAACCUGAAGGAUUCAGGAGUGAAACAUCUGAUUGGUUUUGUGGAGAGUCCAGACUGCAUCCUGAAGACUCUGAGAUUGGAGGACUGCUAUUUGUCAGAGAUCAGCUGUGAUUCUCUGAUUUCAGCUCUGAAGUCCAACCCCUCAUAUCUGGAACAUCUGGACCUGAGUGGAAACAACCUGAAGGAUUCAGGAGUGAAACAUCUGAGUGGUUUUGUGCAGAGUCCAGACUGCAUCCUGAAGACUCUGAGAUUGAGGAACUGCAGUUUGUCAGAGAUCAGCUGUGAUUCUCUGGUCUCAGCUCUGAAGUCCAACCCCUCACAUCUGGAACAUCUGGACCUGAGUGGAAACAACCUGCAGGAUUCAGGAGUGAAACAUCUGAGUGGUUUUCUGGAGAGUCCAGACUGUAUCCUGAAGACUCUGAGAUUGGAGGACUGCAGUUCGUCAGAGAUCAGCUGUGAUUCUCUGGUCUCAGCUCUGAAGUCCAACCCCUCACAUCUGGAACAUCUGGACCUGAGCAACAACUGGAACCUGAAGGAUUCAGGAGUGAAACAUCUGAGUGGUUUUGUGGAGAGUCCAGACUGCAUCCUGAAGACUCUGAGAUUGAAGGACUGCAGUUUGUCAGAGAUCAGCUGUGAUUCUCUGGUCUCAGCUCUGAAGUCCAACCCCUCACAUCUGGAACAUCUGGACCUGAGUGGAAACAACCUGCAGGAUUCAGGAGUGAAACAUCUGAGUGGUUUUCUGGAGAGUCCAGACUGUAUCCUGAAGACUCUGAGAUUGGAGGACUGCUAUUUGUCAGAGAUCAGCUGUGAUUCUCUGGUCUCAGCUCUGAAGUCCAACCCCUCACAUCUGGAACAUCUGAACCUGAGCAGGAACUACAACCUGCAUCAUUCAUCAGUGAAACAUCUGUUAGAUCAUGUGGAGAGUCCAGACUGCAGCCUGAAGACUCUGGAAUGGAGGUGAUGAUCAGGAGGAUGUUUGUGGUGAGAGGAUGAAGUGUGUCCUGAUGGUCCAGAGGUUGAAGCAGCAGCAGCAGCAGCAGCUGGUGUGUACAGACUCUGACUGGUCCAUGUUACUGGAGGUGGAGAGCUUCAUGCAGCAGUGACUGACAGGAAGCAGAAGAAGUGGAGAUGAGUGUGAGUGCUGCAGCGUGAACUGAUGUGAGAACAGCUGUCCAGCAUGGUCCCUGUGUUCCUGUGGAUGUGACAGAGGAUCAUGAGUGGAUGUGGACUGCUCUGCUGCUGCUCUGUCCUUCUACUGAGACUCCUCCACUCCUUCUGCUCCACACUCCUCCUCCACCUCCACCUGGGCAGGAAGCUCAGCGUCAGUCUGCUGCUGGCUUCAGCUUUUGCUCCUUCAAAGUCUUCUGGAUCAGAUUCAGCAGAAACCUCUGAAACAUGUUUAGUCAUGAAGAUGGAAUUCCUCCUGCAGGUCACAUGUUCUGUCUGGUUGCUCUGAAAUCUGUGAGCGUCUGUAUCUGUAGAACUCUCCACAAUGUUCUCUCAUGGAGUCCUUCUUGUUGUUUCAUCCAUUUCUCUUCCAUCAGUCCUGAUCCUGUCUCUCCUGUUUCCUUCACAAUCACUGCAGUCCAGCUGCUACAAACUCUCAUGUUUCCACACAUUUCCUUCCUCUGUGGAAAUAAAUCACGUCUUUAGUUGUUUGUAAAGUGGAGCUUUGUAAAGAUCCUCUGAGGUUUCAGUAGAAGCUCAUGAUGGAGGACUUUUUAUGUGUCAGGACUCAGCGGCUGCUUUCAUCUUCUGUUUAGUCCGUCUGAGAAUCCUUUGUGCUUUUUCUCUCAUUCUGA